AUGAAAACCUGUAAUUCUACGGUGGCUGGGACAGUCCAAACUGGACCACAGUUUGAGAGAUUGGACACAGAGUGGCUCGAGACCGACAAAGCGAUCUCUGGUGUCUGGUUUUCCUCCGCCUGUCGUCCUCUUUGGAUGUCCCAGCCACCGUACAACAGUAACCUAACAUUGAAGAGGAACACGAGCAUCUUUAAGUGUUUUUACUUUAAAGAGGAACCAAACCUAGACAAAAACGUCAGUUUUUUAUCAGUAUUUCACCAUCAUGCAGCGUUAAACGAUCACAAACUCAGACCAACAGGAUCAAAUAUUUGA